AAGCUUGCACAGCUGCGACAUCGAUCUUAAUUGUGUAACAAUGCAUCUGAGGAAAUAGAAUCGCUUUGAAUAGCUUAAAGUCUAUCAGUGGAUGAUAUCAGUCUAUCCUUUAAACGCCACAAUGAAGUAUCUACUGUGGGCUGUGUUUCUGUAUGGGUUUUGUCUGUAUGGUUGCCGGAGCAAUGAGGACUUCAUGCUUGUUGCAGGCCCUCUGAAAGGUUCGGUGAAUGAUCCCUUUGACUGCAGUCAUCCCAUUCCUCCAGGAUCAUGGCAGUACUUUGAGUACCUCCAGAGCAGAGGGGUGACCCACUUCAAAGUCCCGCUGUCAUGGGCUCAUCUUCUACCUACAGGCCAGUCCAGUCAGCCCCAGCAGGCUGUGGUCGCCUGUUACCAGACCCUCCUGAAACAGCUGCUGGACGUGGGCCUCCAGCCUCUGGUCGUCCUUCAUGGAUCCACAGUGCCAGAAGCUCUGAGAUCAAAAUAUGGAGGCUGGGAGAGCCAGGAGCUGAGAGAGAUGUUUCAGCAGUAUGCUGAGUUUGCCUUCCAGAAGUUUGGAGCGCUGGCACACUCCUGGGUGACACUGAGUGACUUGGACGGUGUUCUGCAUGAUGGGCAACCUGCAGGUGUUGCCAUUCGUCUGAAAAAUAUCCUUGAACUCAACAAGAAGAUUUACCAGCUCUACCAUCAACAGUUUACAGACAGAGGGAGACGUCUGUCAGUCGGGUUGAGAGCGAGGGAUGUUGCCAUUCUUCCCCAGAUCCAAGCUUCAACAACAAUGGAUUUCUUGUCAGUGCACAUUGCUUAUAACUGUGACUCUGCAGUCAACUUUGCAGAGCAGCUGAGAAGCCUACAGAUGUCCAGUGGGAAUUUGCCUAUUGUGAUAUACAAGAUGACUGCUGAUGGCUGCUCCCAUGAUCAGUUCCAGCGCCUUGGCACUUUGAUACAAGUCUUGAACAACAAUGAUGACCUGAAUAUUAUGGGAUGGGAUGUGGUGAACGUGUUGGGUAAGCUGGACAAGGAGGACAUGGAGGACAUCUCAACCAGCAGUCAAGAUAUUUCAGGCUACGAUGGAAUUUCAGCAUUUGGAAACAGUUAUCAGAAUGUGUGGGAUAAGUUUGGGGCCCAGACGACAACAGAACGAGAUCUGUUCUUAAAUGAAUCAUUCCCUUCUGGCUUCCAGUGGGCCACCUCCAGUGAGUCCUUCAGGGUUGAAGGAGGCUGGUUGGAAGGUGGGAAGGGAGAGACCAUCUGGGACCGUUUUGGCCACAAAAACAAGGUUUUUGACAAUCAGACAGCCGAUUUAGCUUGUGACAGUUACCACAAGGUGGAUUAUGAUGUCUAUCUGCUGCGAGGUCUUCAAGUCAACACCUACCAGUUUUCUAUCUCCUGGGCCCGUAUUUUCCCAUCAGGCUACAGAGACAGCCAUUCAGAGAAAGGGGCACUGUACUAUGACAAGCUGAUCGAUGCCCUCAUUGAGUCUGGCAUACAACCUGUUGUCACUCUCUACCAUUGGGACCUGCCCCAGGUACUCCAGAACAAAGGUGGAUGGACCAGCGCUUUCAUUGUUGAGGCCUUCAAGGACUAUGCAGACUUCUGCUUCUCCAGGUUUGGAGACAAGGUCAAGACCUGGAACACAUUCAGCAGCCCCUGGGUGGUGAGCCAUGCUGGGUAUGGCACUGGUGAGCAUCCCCCUGAAGUAAAAGACUAUGUGGUUGCCUCCUAUCAGGCCACUCACAAUAUGCUGAAGGCCCAUGCUGAGGCCUGGCAUGUCUACAAUGACAAGUACAGGAAGACACAGGGAGGGGAAGUAGGCAUUGCGCUGAACUCAGACUGGGCUGAGCCCAAGGACCCCUCCAGACCUGAAGACAUAGCGGCUGCAGAUCACUACCUGCAGUUAAUGCUGGGCUGGUUUGCACAUCCUAUAUUUGUGGACGGUGAUUAUCCUGCAACACUCAAGAAUCAGAUAGAGCAGAAAAAAAACAAGUGCCCCCUCUCUGUGCCCGCAAAACUUCCCGUUUUUACUCCAGAAGAGCGACAGAGGAUAAAAGGAACAGCAGACUUUUUUGGAUUAAACCACUAUACCUCCCGGUUGGUCAAAAGCAGUGAUGGUGGCUGCACCCCUGGUCCUCAGGGGGUAGGUGACUUCCAGGCACACGCUGACCCUUCAUGGCCCUCGACUGCUUCUGACUGGAUCUAUUCUGCACCUUGGGGUCUCCGGCGGCUUCUAAACUACAUUUCAAUAGAAUACUUGACUGUUACCAAAGUGCCUAUCCAUAUAACUGGUAAUGGUAUGCCGACUGAGUACAGUGGGGACACUCUCAAUGAUACCCAACGAGUAGAGUACCUGAAGGGCUACAUCAAUGAGGCCCUGAAAGCAAUCAUUGAAGAUGGAGUGCAUCUGCAGCAAUUCACAGUGCAGUCACUCAUGGAUGGAUUUGAGGGACAACAAGGCUACAGCCAAAGGUUUGGUCUCCACCAUGUCAACUUUGAAGAUCCAGACAGACCUAGAACCCCCAAGCAAUCUGCAUAUUUCUAUGCCCAGGUUAUCAAGCAAAAUGGAUUUGGUUCAAACAAAGUUCCUGUCUUUAGAGGAGAAGAGAUGCAACUUACCCGCAGUCUAACUGCUUUAUCACCUUCAGAGGUUCCAUCUAAAUCCAAGGUUGUCUGGGAGAAAUUCUCACACCAGUCAAAGUUCCAGAGAAAAAUGUUCCACUAUGGCACUUUUGAGCAAGGUUUCAGUUGGGGAGUAUCGUCUUCUGCUUACCAGAUUGAAGGAGCCUGGAACACUGAUGGGAAGGGGCCCAGCAUCUGGGAUACAUUCACCCAAAAACCUGGUAGUAUUCCUGCUAAUGCAAAUGGAGAUGUGGCCUGUGACAGCUAUAACAGACUUGCAGAAGACCUCUACAUGCUUCAAGCUCUGAAGGUAAAGUCAUACAGAUUCUCUUUGUCCUGGCCCAGGAUCUUUCCUAAUGGUCGGCGUGCCUCCCUUAACCAGAAAGGUGUUGACUACUACAACAGACUCAUUGAUGGCCUCAUGCUGUACAAUAUCAGUCCCAUGGUGACACUCUACCAUUGGGACCUCCCUCAAGCUUUGCAAGACCUUGGUGGCUGGGACAAUAUAGACAUGAUUAACAUUUUUAAUGAGUUUUGUGACUUUUGCUUUGCCACCUUUGGAGACCGUGUGAAAUUCUGGAUGACCUUCAACCAGCCUCAAACAAUCGCCUGGUCAGGAUAUGGACUUGGAAAGAUCCCACCAAAUGUUAAGAAUCCAGGAGUAGCACCGUAUAGAGUUGCGCACAAUCUCAUAAAAGCACACGCCAAGGUUUACCACACAUAUGAUGAUAAGUAUCGCAAAACCCAAGGAGGUCUAGUAUCCAUUGCCCUCAAUGCUGAUUGGGUUGAACCUGAAGAUGUUAAUGUUCCCCGUGAAGUGGUGGCUGCUGACCGCGCUCUGCAGUUUCAACUGGGUUGGUUUGCACACCCCAUUUUCAAGACUGGUGACUAUCCUGAUGCAAUGAAGUGGCAAGUUGGAAACAAAAGUGAACUCCAAGGUCUUCCAGAGACAAGACUCCCCUCCUUUACCGAAGAAGAAAAGAACUUCAUCAAGGGAACUGCUGAUGUGUUCUGUGUAAAUCAUUAUACUACAAAGAUAGUCGGCCAUAUUACAGAUAGGCUUAGCCCUCAAUCUUAUGAUUCUGACCAGGACGUGACAAAAACAGAAGAAACAGAUUCACCUACUACUGCCAUCAGUAAUCAGAGAGCUGUAGCAUGGGGUUUGAGAAGACUCCUCAACUGGAUCAAAGAAGAAUAUGGAGAUCCAGAGAUUUACAUUACGGAGAACGGAGUAGCUACAGAAGUUAAGACAACUUGGGAUGACACUGCCAGAGUAUUUUAUUACAAGACCUAUAUUGAUGAGGCUUUAAAAGCUCAUGACCUUGACACUGUGAGGGUGAAAGGAUACAUAGCAGCGUCUCUUAUGGAUUCUUUUGAAUGGCUCGAGGGGUACACGGUUGGAUUUGGGUUGCACCAUGUGGAUUUCACCAACCCUAACAGGCCAAGGACACCAAAAUAUUCAGCUCAUUACUACUACCAAGUCAUGAAAGACAAUGGUUUCCCUACACCAGAUGAUGAGAAGCCUCUUUAUGGACGUUUCCGCGAAGAUUUCAUUUGGAGUACUGCAACAGCAUCAUACCAGAUUGAAGGUGGAUGGAGAGCAGAUGGAAAAGGUCUCAGCAUCUGGGACAAGUUUGCUCACACUCCUCUCCGAGUGUUCAAUGAUGAUAAUGGGGACAUAGCCUGCGACAGUUACCACAAAGUUGACGAGGAUGUUGCUAUAUUGAAGCAACUUAAGGUGACCCAUUAUCGUUUCUCCAUAUCCUGGCCGAGGGUGCUUCCUAAAGGCACCACCGAGUACAUUAAUGAGGCUGGACUCAACUACUACAAUAGACUGGUGGAUGCACUGCUUGCUGCAAACAUCCAACCUCAUAUCACUCUCUAUCACUGGGACCUUCCACAAGCUCUGCAGGAUAUUGGAGGCUGGGAGAAUGACACUAUCAUUUUCAAAUUCAGGGAUUAUGCUGACCUAAUUUUUAGCAGUCUUGGUGACAGAGUGAAAUUUUGGAUCACCAUCAAUGAGCCUUACAAUAUAGCCAAUGUAGGCCAUGGGUAUGGCGCUGCUGCCCCAGGGAUCAGUUUCCGACCCGGUACUCUUCCCUAUAUUGUGGGUCACAACUUGCUUAAAGCUCAUGCAGAGGCCUGGCAUCUCUACAAUGAAAAGUACCGUCCCACACAGAAGGGAAUUAUCUCCAUCACCAUCAACUCUGACUGGUCAGAGCCCAGAAACCCCUAUAAGCAAGAGGACAUCGAUGCUGCCAGACGUGUGGUGCAGUUCUACAUUGGCUGGUUCGCCCAUCCUGUAUUUAAUGGAGACUACAGUGACAUGAUGAAGACAAUCAUUCGAGAGCGAAGCUUGGCUGCUGGCCUGGCUAAAUCACGGCUUCCAGAGUUCAGUCCUGAAGAGAUUAAAAGGAUUAAGGGAACCUAUGAUUAUUUUGGGUUCAACCAUUACACCACUGUACUGGCAUUCCCUGUGGACUAUGGAAAUCUUCAGCACUAUGAUGCUGACAGGAGUGCAGGAACAAUUGCUGAUCGUACCUGGCUGGAUUCAGGUUCAUCCUGGCUGAAGGUCUCACCGUUUGGAUUCCGGAGGAUAUUAAAUUUUAUUAAGAACGAAUAUGGAAAUCCACCGAUUAUCAUCACAGAAAAUGGCAUUUCAGAGCGGGGGUCUAUUGACCUGAAUGACUACCAUAGGAGCUACUACUAUGAACAAUACCUCAACCAGGUGCUGAAAGCUUACUUGCUAGAUGAUGUAGAUAUCCGUGGCUACACAGCUUGGUCACUCAUGGACAAUCUCGAGUGGGCCACAGGCUUUUCAGAGAGAUUCGGCCUCUUCUACGUCAAUCACUCUGACCCUAACCUGUCUCGGGUGGCCAAGGCUUCUGUUGGCACCUACUCCACCAUCAUCAAGUGUAACGGCUUCCCCGACCCUGCCUUGGGACCAGAUGACUGCACCGAGCCUGAAGCAACAAAGGUACCUCCUGUGAGCACCGACACUGUGAGCUUCCUGGGUUUGAGGCUAACUAUCAGUGAUGCUGAGACAGGACUCAACACCACAUUUGCUCUCCUGGUCAUUGCCGUGUUUGCAGUCAUGUGUAUAUCACUUUGCUUCUGUAAGGCAAGGAAAUCUAAAAAACAGAAUGAUUUUGAUUAAUGUAUAAACACAAAGGAUUUUUUUUUUCAUCGUAAAUGAUGAGUUUUACUGAGAGUCCACAUAUACACUGACCUGAGCUGCAUAUUUAUAUAAAUUGAUAAACUUCCUCUAUGUCAAUGAAGUUGGAGGUAAAUGUAUUCAAGACAUGCAUUGCUGACUGUAAAAAUCACAUUUCUUCAAAAAUGUGUUUUUUUUAAAUUUACCCAACAAUGUGUGAAGUAUUUUUUUCUCAUGUCUAUGAUUAAACAACCUACAACAUCCGCAUGAUGUGUGAUUUGCUGUUAAAAUGGAUCCCCUGCAACCACUGAAUAAGACCUAGUCAUUUGUUUGUGGUUGCACUCAAAAUGUAGAAAACGUUCAUAGAAUUGUCAAUGGUCGGAGCUGCAAGUCCAAACUUAAAGAAACCUUCUGCAAACAUGUUUAUCCAGCUUCACAUGAAGCAUUACCACGUCUAACAACUAGAACAAGAGCAGUAUUUCAUAAUUUGCUCUUUGAUACUUUUCCUGACAGGCAUCAUCUGCACUUGCAUUGUGAAACGAAAGACGUUGCAACAUGCAUGAAGUUCUGACUUGCAGAAUCAGACGACAUCUGUUCUUACUCAACAAUGCCUCGUGCAGUGUGAACUGCUUCUUCUCAUCAGUGGUGAAUUUCUUCAUGUUAAUAAAGUUGACUUUCACUUACACAUUUUGGGGCUGCAAGUGCUGUAAUUUAGCCAUGGGUUAAAGAUGUGAUGCCUGGAACAAAUCCAAUGGUCUCAUUUAAAUUAAAACUCUACCUGUGGUUUAGUAUUAACACUGUAGGAACCUCUUACAACCACUAGAGGUCAAUGCAGGUUUAUGCUGAUCCUGCUGCUCACCUGGUUUGAGAGGACAUUCAGACAAAGUGUGUAAACACUGACAAAUCAUAUGAACACAACAAUAUUCUAUUUCCUGAUGUAUCUAAUGUAAUAUCUCCUAAAUGCAUUUUUAAGAUUUGACAUGUGCUUAAAUUAGUAUUAAAUGCUACGUUUGGAUCCAAUUGUGAAGUUUCAACCAAUUUUAUUGGCUCAAUGUAACAUAGUGAUGUAUAAAGUGUUAUAUUGCGGAGUUUAACAUGAUGUGCAUGUAUAAAUUGAUACAUGUUUUUGUUUGUGGUCAUCAUCGUGCACCAAGUCUGAUUUGCUGUAUUUCUGAAUAUUUCAAUGACAGUCGAAUGGUGGCUGAACUGCAAAGAGUAACAUUUGAAAGACUGAUUGCAGAUUUACUUCAGGUUGUGGGUACUCUAUACAACACUGUCUCUCUUACAGUCACAUGUGUUAGAUGUGAUCAAUGCAAAAUUGUGUGUAUAUUGGCAUGUUCCAUAUCAGAAUCGUUUGUACUUGUAAUAAACAUGUCAUUAUGCCAUAUUUUCUGAACAGAUCAUUUGUUGAACUUAGUAUGCAACCAACUUUGAACCCUUGUUCUACCAGUUUAGCCAAACCAGAAUAAAUCAGUCGAAGUGAGACAGCAACAUAAUAAAAUACCAUCUAGUGAAGUAAAAAGAUAAAGGAUUCCCUUUUCAAUUUCGGAAUAAAUCCAGAUAGAAACAGCUUCAAAAACCAGGUCUUUGUUCAAAAAAUUUAUUUUAAAAACUAACCACAAAGUACUAUCAAUACAAAAAGUAUAAAAAGUACAAAAAGCAUUGCUCAAAAAUAACUUGAGAUGACAAUAUCCGAGCUGGCACUAAUGGCACUGUGGGUAUGAUUCAGAAUACAAAAAGAUGGCAUCUUGGUAGAGCGCAUUCAAGGCAUUGAAUUCACAUUGAAAUGAUCUGCAUGAGUUUACAACCCUCAUUAAGACUCUGGAGCAGUGACGACACUGACCCAGACAUCAGCACUUUCAGAAAUGGAACAAUGACAGACGGCUUUAUCCCUCAUUUAACCAACAGAUGAAAUUACAUUUGGGGAACAUUUGCUGGUCAGAAACAACGUGUAAAUAAUAAAUCCAAGCUGCAGGUUUUUGAGUAUUUCAAAAUAAAAAGUUAUUAUUAAACUCAAAUUGUACCAAAGCAUCUUCGGAAUGCGACAUGGAUUGAAUGGGGCUUCAGGGAGCUAAGACAGCAGUGAAUGUCAUUCUUUUAAAAGUAAGCCACAGUGACAGAGCCUCUUUUCAAAAUACCACAAUACUCAAAAACUAAUAUAAAAAUAAAGAACAGUAUCAAAUACACGUUUAGACAUAACACAAGACAAUAUCAAGAGUUACACUUUUUUUUUGUUCAAGCAUUACCCAGGUUUGUUUAUUCCUUUGGACAAAGGCACCCCAAGUGUGUUCCAGUUCCCGUCGAGGCACCAGGCUUGGGAAUGUUGACUGGUGCGGUGCCAACAACUGAAAGCAACCUUUGUAUGAAAAUUAACACCAAAAAAAAAAUAAAAAAUCUUCAUCAGCAUGACAGUAACUCCAGUACCUUUCCGUUAUGAGUGGUGCCUUGUCCGUUUACCUUUUUGCUCUUUGCAUCCACAAGCACUCGCUCACUGAUUCGCUUCCUCACAAAGUACAAACUUUUACACUUAAAAACACGUUUUGUUCUCGCACUACGACUGGCUUGGCCUUACUUUUAACAAAAUGCCAUAUAAAAAAA